AUGAAAAUCCGGAAUAUCCUCCCUUUCCACAAACAGGACACCCACCCAGACAGCGACACUUCCAGGCCGCAAACCGGGGACACAAAGACCCCCGUCACCCGCGACGGCAGCAAGCCAAAAAAGACCAAAUCACCACGGAUACCGCCCCAAUGGCGCAACACAAUCAUAGCUGCACUCGCUGAAUUCGCCGGCACAUUCAUGUUUCUGUUCUUCGCGUUUGGCGGCACGAGCAUCGCGAACAAUAGCGCAGAGGCCACCAGAGCAGGAAAGACGGACACGUUUGGCAGAACGACAGAAGAAGCCGCCAACACGGCUGUACUGCUCUACAUAAGUCUGGCAUUUGGAUUCAGUCUGAUGGUGAAUGUGUGGAUAUUUUUCAGGGUGACUGGAGGGUUAUUCAAUCCCGCCGUGACGCUAGGCCUCUACCUCAUCAAUGCCCUCACAGCCUCUCGAGCCAUCCUGUGCUUUAUAGCGCAGAUGCUCGCAGGCAUGGCCGCCGCCGCCGUAAUCCAAGCUAUUCUUCCCGGCCCGCUCAAAGUCAGCACGACACUAGGGCCCGGCAUGACGCCUGCACGGGGAGUCUUCCUAGAAAUGUUCUUGACGUCUCUGCUCGUCUUCACCAUCUUCAUGCUCGCCGCCGAGAAGCACAAGGCGACGUUCCUGGCGCCCAUUGGCAUUGGCCUGUCGCUGUUCGUCAUAGAGCUGAUGGGCGUCUUCUUCACGGGCGGCAGUGUGAAUCCCGCGCGCACAUUCGGACCCUGUGUUGUUACGCACGAUUUCCAAGAGUACCAUUACAUAUACUGGUUUGGGCCUGUCAUGGGCACGCUGUUGGCGUUUGUGGUGUACAAAAUAGUCAAGUGGGCGGAUUACGAGACGCUGAAUCCGGGCCAGGACUUUGAUGAUCAAGAGGCGGCAAUUUUUCCUUGGCCCGAAGACCUGGAUAAUCCGGAAGAGGUGCAGAGACCAGUAGUAUUGCCUCAUCAGGACUCGGAUGUGGAGAAGGUGAAUAGGGAGCAGGAUGGGACAGAUGCAGAACCUGGGUCUUCGGCGCUGACGAGGUGA